CACAUCAGAGAUCUUACAUGGAGGAGAAGUUGCAUACCUGUCCGGAGUGCGGGAAAUGUUUUUUAUGUAAGUCCUAUUUUUAUAUAUACCAGUGAUGGCACAGGAGGGAGCAGCCAUGCCCUUGUUCGGAGUGCGGGAGAUGUUUUUCACAGAAGUCCAGCCUGCAUGUAUGUCAGAGAUCUCACACAGGUGAAAAGCCAUAUGUCUGUCCUGAGUGUGGGUAAUACUUUUCAGUGA